AUGUCGGGCAUUAAUGGUAAUUCUGGACGAAAGCCAACGCAUCUUCUUUAUGACGGUAAGACAGGAGAUAAGGAAAUUUACGAUUCCUGGUUAAAGACAGUCUUGACAGUUAUCUUUCAUCUCUUACCAAGUGUCACAUACAAAGUCACAACAUACAGCGAAAUUUUUGAUAUACGUUUGCAUCAUAUCGUUGCUCGCUCCGCCACGGGGGUUUUUGAACCCGAAGCUCAAAUUUACAUAGAUACUUUGACGGUUCACACUAUACCUACAAUGCCUACACCAAGACGACCACCUCUUCGAGCAACCGACACAUUGCACUUGACAGCGACAAUGACAGGGCUUCAAAGGGUGUUUCCAGCUUUUGAUAUCGAUGGCCGUCCUAUUAACAUUCAAUACCCUAUUGAAUUCACACAUAUUUCGCACAUGAACUCUAUGGUGGUUGGUCAUGUAGUAAAGUCCUCUGGGGUGGGAGAAAUACAUCUGAAGUGGAUUUCGGUGCUCUCCAAAAAUGGGCGUCGCAUUCGUGUCAAACUAGACAAAAUGGACGGAGAGGUUUCGCGUUCUGCCUUACAGUUCGGCCUGCAUCCCCAGCAGCAAGGAACCGCCACCGUCUCCCCGGUGCAGACUAUGGAAACUGGUCAGACGCUACAGUUGGAAGCUUCCUUGACGUUGAGUGAAGCGGAGCCCUUUGAAUUUGCUGAGUUUUGGUUACAUCUGGAACUUGGAAAUGUAGGGAUAUUCAGUAGUUCAUUUGUGACCUGGAAAUUGCGUGGUUAA